AUGAAUUGCAGAUUUCAUCCACAAACUCCAAUAUCUUUAAUAUGUACGGCUCCUCACAGAUGUGAAAUCAACAGAAAAAUGUGCGUUGAAUGCCAAUAAGAUCAUGGAAUUGAGGUGAAACAAACAAUUCCGAUUAAUAAGUUUCGAUAAAUGCUUAAUGGAAAAGUGAAAGAUUACAAACUGGAUGAUACAUAAGAAUUAAAUAAAUAGAGACUAGAUUUUAAAUAUAUGCUUUCUAAAGCUGUAGAAAUGUUGAAAUAGUUAUGGGAAGAAUUAUCAGAAUCAAUCAGAAAGAUUUUUGAGAUGAUUGAAAAAGAAAAUAAAUCUUUGACUGAUCUCAUAACCUAAAAUGAAAAUUUGACAGAAUCUUCUUAUUCUGACUUGGAAAAACUUGUGUAACUACUGAAUGGCAAAAUUGUCGAUAAUUUGAAUAAUAAAAAGAAUUCCAUCAUGACUAAAGUGAAGAAAGCUAAGGAUCUAUUAGAAAAAGAAGUAAUCAUUUUUUGUUAGAAAUUUAAAGAAGAAAUGAGAGAGAUACUUUCAAUAUUUUAGUAAGAAAUUAUUUUUUUAUUUUCUAAAGGGUAUAAAAUGAUGAAUAAAUUAUAUUGUAAGAAGGCAGCCAAAAAUUGAAAGUUGCAAUUUGUGAUCAUGGAAGAUUUAUCUAUUCUAAUUUAACAAUAUAAUCUAAUCAAAAUAAAGAAAUCUAAUAUCUAUAAGAUGGGUCAAUAAUAAGAACGUAAGAGUUAAUAAUAUAUCAUUUAGAGAUUAAAUAAGAUACACUGCAGGAAAACCUGAAAUUCUAACCAAUUUAGAAUAAAUAAAACAUCUAUAAUGGUUUGGAUAAUUAAGAGAAAAUAAUCAUAAAGUAGGCAUUUGGACAGCCACAUGGUAAGGUGAAAAAAUCAAAGAUGUAGGUGGUUAAUAUUCAAAUGAAGGCAAAAAAUAAGGUAAGUGGCAAGAACUAAUUGAAAAUUAUUCGAUGCAAUGUACUAAUGAUUAUUAAUACUAUAGCUAAUGCUUUUGAAAUAGGAGAAUAUGAUAAUGGUACAAGGAUAGGGAACUGGAAAUAUCUCUAUGAUAAUAAAGAAAUGUAUAAAUCAUAAAUUUAAUAUGGAAUUAGAAACGGUGGCAACUAUAAUUAAUAAGGAAAUAAAAAUGGUAAAUGGUAAGAAAUUUGGGAAGGAUUUUGGAAGGACUCUUAAGUAUUUUAUAAUGGAGAAUAUAAAAAUGGCAAAAAAGUGGCUAGAUGGGAUAUUGUAUUUGAAAAUAAAAAGAUGUAUAGAAUUAUUGUUUAGUCAUUUAUUUGCUUGUUUAGUGGUGGUGGAUCAUAUGAUGAUAGAGGAGAUGGGAUUAAAUAGGGUGAUUGGGUUGAAAUUUCGAAUGGAUUUUUUAGAGAUUCUUAAUUGGUGUAUAGUGGUCAAUAUAAAAAUGGCAAGAAAGUUGCUAGAUGGGAUAUUUGUUAAAUUGAAAAAGGGUUUUUAUUUGGUAUUAAAUAUAAGAAGAUGUAAACAUUUAAUAUAUAAACCUUAAUAAAAAAAUUCUAGUGGUGGUGGAUCAUAUGAUGAAGGAGAUAAUGGGAUAAAGUAGGGUAAUUGGGUUGAAUUAUCUGAUGCACUUUUUAGAGAUUCUUAAGUAACGUAUAGUGGUCAAUAUAAAAAUGGUAAAAAAGUUACUAAAUGGGAUAUUUGGUAUUAGGAGAAUGGACAUAAUUAAAAAAAUUUGAAAAUGUAAAAAUUAUUAAAUAAUUUUAAUAAUUGUGUAUUUAGUGGUGGUGGAUCAUAUGAUGAAGGAGGUGAUGAGACUAAGUAAGGUGAAUGGGUUGAAAUAUCUGAUGGAUUUUAUUAAGAAUCUUAAGUAACAUAUAAUGGUUAAUAUAAAAAUGGUAAAAAAGUUGAUAGAUGGAAUAUUUGUUUAAUUGAAAAAGUUUAUUAAAUGAUAUAUAAUCCAAAAAAAUGUAAGGAUUAUAUAUUAAUAAUAUUUCAGAGGAGGUGGAGAAUAUGAUGCAGUAUCUUAAUUUAGGAUUGGUAAUUGGAUUGUAUUGAGUGACAACUUUAGUGAUUCAAACUAAAUUACUUACCAUGGUGAAUAUAAAAAUGGUGCGAAAGUUGGAAUAUGGGAAAUCUUAAAAAUGAACAAAACUGAUUACUUUGAAUUAAAGUUAGAAAAUUAAUUUCAUAUAUUUAUAUAGGAGUUAUGUUAUUUUUGAUUAGAAUGGAACUGAAUUAAUAACGAGACACAUGUAUGAGUUCAGACUUAAUAUUAUAGUUCUAAUAUCAUCUUAAGAGGAAAAAUUUUUAAUGGAAAAAGAGCUGGUAAAUGGGAUAUUCUGUAUGGCAAAAUAAUGAUGUAAAAUAAAAAAUAUAAUAAUUUAUGCGUUUAGUGGUGGUGGAUCAUUUGGAUCAUAGGAUGAAAAAAGUCAUGGAAUUAAGUGUGGGAAAUGGGUUGAAAUAUCAGAAGAAUUUAAUUGUAAUUCAUAAGUAACAUACUCUGGAGAAUAUAUAAAUGGAUAAAAAACAGGAAGAUGGAAUAUUUACUAAUUUAAAGAAAAUUAAUUUAUUUGGUGGUAUAUUAAAUAAAUUAAUAUUAUUUAGUGGAUCUUAAAUAUAUGAUUUUUAAGGAAAUUUAAUUUAGAAGGAAAAUAAGUACUCUAUGAUAUAAUACUAUUAUAGUAAUGCAAGCAUAAUUUAUAUGGGUAAUUUGUAAAAUGGGAGAAAAGUUGGUAGAUGGAAUAUUUUGUUUUAGAAGAAUUAUGAGGAUAAAUAAAUUGAAAAAAUGUAAAGAUAUUAAAUUUAAUAAUGUGUGGUUUUUAGCGGGGGUGGAUAGUAUGAAGAGGGAGUUGAUGAGGUUAAAUAGGGUAAUUGGGUAGAAAUAUCUGAUGGCUAUACAGACAGAUCGUAAAUAACUUAUAUUGGUGAAUACAAAAAUGGUAAAAAAAUUGGAAAUUGGGAUAUUAAAUAUAAUCGAUUUGAAAAUGGAUGGAAAAAUGAAAAGAUGUAUAAAAUAUUAUGUCUAUUAAUAAAUUUGUGUCCUUUUUUAGUGGUGGUGGAUAAUAUGAUAAAGAAGAUAACGGAAUGAAAUCUGGAGAAUGGGUUGAAAAUAUUGAGAAUUUUACAUAAGAUUCUUAAGUAACUUAUUAAGGUAAUUACAAAAACGGGAAAAAAAUUGGUAGAUGGGAUGUAUGGUAUAAAAAGAAUGGAGAUAAUAGAGAAAACUUGAAAAUGUAUUAAAAGUAUUUUUAGUCGAUAAUUUUUGUGUCCUUGUUUAGUGGUGGUGGAUAAUAUGAUACAGAAGGUAAUGGAAUCAAAUCCGGAGAAUGGGUUGAAUAGAUUGAAAAUUUUAAAUGGGAUUCUUAAGUUACUUAUUUAGGUAAUUAUAAAAAUGGGAAAAAAAUUGGUAGAUGGAAUAUUUUGUUUAGAAAAUAGUUUGAUGAUGAAUAUAAAUUGAUGUAAAACUAUAAUGUAAUUAAAUUUUUUGUUAGCGGUGGCGGAUAAUAUGAUACAGAAGGUAAUGGAAUCAAAUCCGGAGAAUGGGUUGAAUAAAUUGAAAAUUUUAAAUGGGAUUCUUAAGUUACUUAUUAAGGUAAUUAUAAAAAUGGGAAAAAAAUUGGUAGAUGGAAUAUUUUGUUUAGAAAGUAGAACGAAGAUUAAUCGAAAUAAAUGUAAAAACUAUUAUUAAGUAUUUUUAGCGGUGGUGGAUCAUAUGAUGAAAUAGGGGAUGAAUUUAAAUAGGGUAAUUGGGUGGAAAUAUCUGAAGAGAAUAUAAUAAGAGUUAAAAAAUUGGAAAUUGGGUGGAGAUGGAUUUAUAUAAUAAUAAGGAAAGUGGUGAAAUGA